GGCAGGAGCAGCGCAGCACAGCGCGCGGGGCCGGGGGCCGCCGUGACGGCCCACACCCUUCCCUCCCGCCUGUCCUCUGUGCGCUUCUUCCCGCCUCUCGCCGCCGCUCGCGAGCCGCUCUAACUCGCUCUAGGCGCCCCGCGGCCCCGCGGAUGCUGCCGCUGGGGGUGGUGGGCGCAGCCGGGAGCGGGGGUGCCGGCCUGGGAUUCCGGGGCUCCUCUUCCCUGUCCUCUCCUCUGACCCCAGUGUGGCCGCGGCUGACACUAAAGACUUUGUAGCCACCAGUCCAAGUGCAGUUUCGGUGGAAGAUGAAGGUUGCACGUUUUCAAAAAAUUCCUAAUGGUGAAAAUGAGACAAUGAUUCCUGUGUUGACAUCAAAAAAAGCAAGUGAAUUACCAGUCAGUGAAGUUGCAAGUAUUCUCCAAGCUGAUCUUCAGAAUGGUCUAAACAAGUGUGAAGUGAGUCAUAGGCGAGCCUUCCAUGGCUGGAAUGAGUUUGAUAUCAGUGAAGAUGAGCCACUAUGGAGGAAGUAUAUUUCUCAGUUUAAAAACCCCCUAAUCAUGCUGCUUCUGGCUUCUGCAGUCAUCAGUGUUUUAAUGCGGCAGUUCGAUGAUGCCGUCAGUAUCACUGUGGCAAUACUUAUCGUUGUUACAGUUGCCUUUGUUCAGGAGUAUCGUUCAGAAAAAUCUCUUGAAGAAUUGAGUAAACUUAUGCCACCAGAAUGCCAUUGUGUCCGUGAAGGAAAACUGGAACAUACACUUGCACGAGACUUGGUUCCAGGUGACACAGUUUGCCUUUCUGUUGGGGACAGGGUUCCUGCUGAUUUACGCUUGUUUGAGGCUGUGGACCUUUCCAUUGAUGAGUCGAGCUUAACGGGAGAGACUGCACCUUGUUCAAAGGUGACAGCCCCUCAGCUGGCCGCGACUAAUGGAGACCUUGCCUCAAGAAGUAACAUUGCCUUCAUGGGGACACUGGUCAGAUGUGGCAAAGCAAAGGGUGUUGUCAUUGGAACAGGAGAAAAUUCUGAAUUUGGGGAGGUUUUUAAAAUGAUGCAAGCAGAAGAAGCACCAAAAACCCCUCUGCAGAAGAGCAUGGACCUCUUAGGAAAACAACUUUCCUUUUACUCCUUUGGUAUAAUAGGUAUCAUCAUGUUGGUUGGCUGGUUACUAGGAAAAGAUAUCCUGGAAAUGUUUACCAUUAGUGUAAGUUUGGCUGUAGCAGCGAUUCCUGAAGGUCUCCCCAUUGUGGUCACAGUUACUCUAGCCCUUGGUGUUACGAGAAUGGUGAAGAAAAGGGCCAUUGUGAAAAAGCUGCCUAUUGUUGAAACUCUGGGUUGCUGUAAUGUGAUUUGUUCAGAUAAAACUGGAACACUGACUAAGAAUGAAAUGACUGUUACUCACAUAUUUACUUCAGAUGGUCUGCAUGCUGAGGUCACUGGAGUUGGCUACAAUCCUUUUGGGGAGGUGGUCCUUGAUGGUGAUGUUGUCCAUGGGUUCUACAGCCCGGCUGUCAGCAGAAUUGUUGAGGCGGGCUGUGUGUGCAACGAUGCUGUAAUUAGAAACAACACUCUAAUGGGGAAGCCAACAGAAGGAGCUUUAAUUGCUCUUGCAAUGAAGAUGGGUCUCGAUGGACUUCAACAGGACUAUAUUAGAAAAGCAGAAUACCCUUUCAGCUCUGAGCAAAAGUGGAUGGCUGUUAAGUGUGUGCAUCGAACACAGCAGGAUAGACCAGAGAUUUGUUUCAUGAAGGGUGCUUAUGAACAGGUGAUUAAAUACUGUACCACAUACCACAGCAAAGGGCAAACCUUCACCCUCACCCAGCCACAGAGAGAGCUGUACCAACAAGAGAAGGUGCGCAUGGGCUCGGCGGGACUCAGAGUUCUUGCUUUGGCUUCUGGUCCUGAACUGGGACAGCUGACAUUUCUUGGCCUGGUGGGAAUCAUUGAUCCUCCUAGAACUGGUGUGAAAGAAGCUGUUACAACACUCAUUGCUUCAGGAGUGUCGAUAAAAAUGAUUACCGGAGACUCCCAGGAAACUGCAGUUGCAAUUGCUAGUCGUCUGGGAUUGUAUUCCAAAACUUCCCAGUCAGUCUCAGGAGAAGAAAUAGAUGCCAUGGAUGUCCAGCAGCUUUCACAAAUAGUACCAAAGGUUGCGGUAUUUUACAGAGCUAGUCCGAGGCACAAGAUGAAAAUUAUUAAGUCUCUACAGAAGAGUGGGUCAGUUGUAGCUAUGACAGGAGAUGGCGUGAAUGAUGCAGUGGCUCUCAAAGCUGCAGACAUAGGAGUCGCAAUGGGUCAGACUGGCACAGAUGUUUGCAAAGAAGCCGCAGACAUGAUCCUGGUGGAUGAUGAUUUCCAAACCAUAAUGUCUGCAAUUGAAGAGGGCAAAGGGAUUUAUAAUAACAUUAAAAAUUUUGUUAGAUUUCAACUGAGCACGAGUAUAGCUGCUUUAACUUUAAUCUCAUUGGCUACCUUAAUGAAUUUUCCUAAUCCUCUCAAUGCCAUGCAGAUUUUGUGGAUCAAUAUUAUUAUGGAUGGCCCUCCAGCUCAGAGCCUUGGAGUAGAACCAGUGGAUAAGGACGUCAUUCGUAAACCUCCACGCAACUGGAAGGACAGCAUUUUGACCAAAAACCUGAUACUUAAAAUACUUGUUUCAUCAAUAAUCAUUGUUUGUGGGACUUUGUUUGUCUUCUGGCGGGAGCUACGAGACAAUGUGAUAACACCUCGAGACACAACAAUGACCUUCACAUGUUUUGUGUUUUUUGACAUGUUCAAUGCAUUAAGCUCCAGAUCCCAGACGAAGUCUGUGUUUGAGGUCGGCCUCUGCAGUAAUAAGAUGUUCUGCUAUGCAGUUCUCGGAUCCAUCAUGGGACAGUUAUUAGUUAUUUACUUUCCUCCGCUUCAGAAAGUUUUUCAGACUGAGAGCCUAAGUAUACUGGAUCUGCUGUUUCUUUUGGGUCUCGCCUCGUCAGUUUGCAUAGUGGCAGAGAUUAUAAAGAAGGUUGAAAGGAGCAGGGAAACGGUUCAGAAGCAUGCUAGUUCGAAGACAUCGUCUUUUCUUGAAGUCCGGCUCCGGGAGAGGAGUGGACAGCAGCUGAUUGAGAUACACCCCCAUCUGCAGACAGCUCUGCCACUGACAGAAGACGUGAGCUGCAUCUAACUCCAGCCUUGGGCCUGGCUGCGCCUGCUCCUUCACUCUCUGGAACUCUUCAUACAGCAUCUUAGCGCCGCUGUUCUCCCGCAGAACUUCCUUCUCUAGACAAAGAAACAAGCCAAGGGCAGUACUUCCAAAACCAUUGUAUCAGCCUGUAAUUUUCUCAAUAUAUAAAGCUUCAAGUUCCAUAAAGAUUAGUUUAAGUAACCAAAACGCUUUUCUCUUCUGGCUCUUUACUAUUUGAACAUCAGUGUAAAAGCCUUGCUGUAUAAACUGAAAUGCCUUUUUAAUGAAAACUUUAUUCAACCCCAAAUUAAUUUUUUCCCUAAGAUGGCUCUUCCUAUCUGACCUUAAAUAUACUUGCAUCUGAAUUUUCCAAGCCCUAAAUCUGUCUUUAUGAAAAAUAUUAAUUACUAUUAAAUAUCAUUCUCUUUA